ACUUGCAAACGAGGCAAUCAAGUUUGCUAAGUGAAAUACAAGCUUCACUUACAAAUUUUGGACGGAUAUCACAGUUUCUAUGCUGUAAAUGCGGAAAUUUAGGCAGUGAUAAAACCUUGAUUGUGCAAAGUUGAAACCAAAACUGAUGUGCGUGGGUAUUGACGUAUUGAAGUGACAUAUUUGCGCGGUAUAUUGGGCUCGAACGUUGGAAAACAUGGAACUGCUUCCUUUUCGAAGUCGAAUGUCUGAAGUUCACUUUUAUCGUAUUUAAAGUUCAUUAGUGGUUAUUGUACCUUUUUGAGCAAAUCAAGCUUUGUAAACGUCAUCUUAUUUAUUCAUCAUAACUGGACUUCAUUUACCUAUUGUCGAUUUAUUGUGUUGGAAUCCCAUGUCAUUAUGGCGCCAGUAUCUUCAAUAACGUGAGAGAUGUCUACGUUCACAGAACUCUGAAGUAAGAUUUAUUUCUACGCUGCGGUAUAAAAACUCACCCUUAGUUCUCGAUAUGGGUGAUGAAACUGUAGAAGCUAUGUUUCCUUAUACCUACCAAGCUGGCGAUGGAAGAACCAUCGAAUUUGAAAAAGGAGAUCAGUUUACCUUACUCAACAAGACCAACGACGAUUGGUGGCAAGUUACGCGUACGAGGAAGGAUACUACACACUCAGAGGAAAAACCUAUAUACGUUCCUGCGUCUUAUAUGAAAGAAAUUCCCUCAGGAAGCAAAAAUCCGAUUUACGAAAACGUGGAGUGUAAUGGAGAAGUUGUCCGAGAGGAUAUCCCUACGAUGGGUGUACCUGGACGACAUUCGAAUACAAGCAACCGAUCAGUUCCAAACGAUGUCAAUCGAGAUGGAUACAGCCACAACGGAACUAACUAUGAGGACGAAAAAGAUACAAGACACACUUCUGAUGCUUCAAGUGAUUUUAACAGCAUGGCAGAAUCUCUGGAAUCGUCUGGAAGCUUCUCGUCACCUACAAAAGAGAGACCUAAAUCGCAGUCCCUUCCUAGGGGUUGGAUUCAAUUAACUGAUGAAGCAACUGGUAGACCAUGUUAUUUCAAUUCACACACUCAGGAAAAAAGCUGGAAACCACCAAGAAUAUCACAUUCUGGGACUCGUACACCAGAUGGGUGGCCAACACCACCUCUAGGAUGGCGAAUCUCACAUAGCAGUUCAACUGAUGAGCUGUGUUAUGUCAAUGAUUGCAAUGAUGAACAGUGGAUGCUUUCAAAAGAUGAGGAUGGGAGAGUAUACUAUUACCAAGUCAAUGGAAACGCUACAGCUUGGGAACUUCCUGAGCUUGAACCUGCCCGGCAGUCUUUUGAAGCACUGGACGUCACCUACAGACGACGCUCACCAAAUCUCAGUCUUAGAAUCUCAAAGUGUCAGUCUCUGCUGACAUCAAGCCCACGAAACUCUGAAGCAAACCCUACCUUUCCUCCCCCUUCUAUGUCUGCCACAGCUGCUGCUGCUCAUGGCUUCCCCCCACCACCACCCAUGGUUGGUUCUGAGCUGCGUUCGUCGCUCAAGGGUGCCAGAAGAUCUGCAUCUGUACAGUCUCGAGACAGUGCGUCAUCUGCUGAAGAGUGGCCUAUGCCUCCAACUCCUUCAACAGAUUUUGUUGAUUUUUUCCAGGCAAUUGAAAAACAAGGAAUGUUGAACUGCAAGAAAUUGGUGGAGGGAGGUGGAAAAAAGGUCAAAAAGAUGUCAUGGACACCAACAUUUGUAACACUCUUUUCAGCAAAUUUGGUUUUUUACAAGGACCAGAAAGCAGCAGCUCAGAAACCUGGUCAUCCACAGGGAAAACCACAGAGUUGUUGUCCAUUGCAAGGUGCAACAAUUGAGUGGGGGAGUUCUUCAUCAACCAAAAAGAAAAAUGCAUUCCAGAUCAAAGCAUUUUCUGGAGCAGUGUACCUCCUCCAACAUGAUCACCAAGUGGAGGCCACUAACUGGUUUAGUGCCAUCUCAGCUGUUAUCAAAAGACUGAAUGAGGAAGAGCCAUUCCCAGCACCAGUUCCUUCACAAGACCAAUCACAACAAGGAGAUGAAAGUGAUGUUGUCUCACCCGAGCCUGGGACGCCAAGUUCUUUGCAGCCUCAAGUGCUGAUCCGUGUUCCAAGCACAAGGAAAGGUGUUGACCGCGAGGACAAAAGGAACAUGAGAGAUAAAUUGAAGAAAUUUCUCACAAAGCGACCUCCUAUAGAGGAGCUGGAAAAGAGAGGAAUUAUUAAAGAAAGUGUAUUUGGCUGCCACAUUUCACAUCUUUGUGAAAGACAGAAAACACCAGUUCCUGUAUUUGUUAGUUCAUGCAUUGCUGCCAUUGAAAAGAGAGCCUCCUUUUGAUGAUGUCCAUGCCCUCACUGGAUCUCUAAAACUUUACUUUAGGGAACUUCCAGAGCCUCUCAUUCCUUAUGACUUCUUCAGUGGAUUUGUUGAGGCAAUAA